UUGCCGGGCGGGAGGGCGGCCGUUGGGGCCGUUGAGUCGGCGGCGGCUCCGACCGCAAGGCUCCAGAUGGAAGCGGCGCCGGAUCCCGGGCCGGGGCUCUGCUGUAAGCCGGGCGGCCGUCUGGACAUGAGCCACGGCUUCGUGCACCACAUCCGACGGAACCAGCUCGCCCGGGACGACUAUGAUAAGAAGGUGAAGCAAGCGGCCAAGGAGAAGGCUAGGAGGCGGCACACUCCGGCGCCGACGCGGCCCCGCAAGCCCGACCUGCAGGUGUACCUGCCGCGACACCGAGAUGGCUCUACCCACCCAAGCAAUCCAGACUGUGAGGAAUCCGGUGAAAGCAGCAGUAGUGGUGGCUCCGAGCCAGAGCCUUCUGGCCAUCAGCUCUUCUGUUUAGAGUAUGAGGCAGACAGCGGAGAGGUGACCUCUGUUAUCGUGUAUCAGGACGAUGAUCCAGGAAGGGUGAGUGAGGAGGUGUCGGCACACACGCCUCUGGACCCACCCCUGCGAGAGGCCCUCAAGUUGCGCAUCCAGGAGGAGAUUGCAAAGCGCCAGAGCCGACAUUGACCAGGCUGAAGGCAGUGUCACCAGGCUGGAUUCACUGCCCAGGGAGCUCGCUCCUAGUUCGGGGGUGACAAGACCAAUCUGAACCGAUCUUGAGACAGACAGACAGACAGAGAGAGAGAGAGAGAGAGAGAGAGAGACACACACACACACACACACACACACACACACCCCCCCCCCCCCCCAAGCUGACACAUCCAUAGGAAUAGGGUGUUGUAGGGACAAGCCUGGCCACCUCCUUUGUAGCCAUUAGUUCUUGUGUCUGGGCCCAUUUGACCAGCUUAGUAUUCUGGAAUUCGAAAACUUUGUUUGGCUGCCUUGGUGUCCUGGAAGCAGAGAUUCCAGGGAGAGCUGAGGUUCCUAAUAGCCUGUGCUAACAUGCUGCUUUCUUACUGAAGUCACAUGCCAUGGGACACCUAGCUGCCACACCCCACCCUGCUCAGUCAGCUGUUUGUUGCUUUAUGGUUCCUUUGUUCCUUGCUUCUGCUCACUUCCAUCCACGUUUUCCCAGAUCUUUUCUUCAGCUGUUUCUUUGUUCUUUCCAUUCUCUCCUCUCUUGGUCUCAGAAUCCAUCAGUUCCACCCCACCUCCCAACAUGACUGUGCACCUCCCAACUGCUCAGGACUGUGGAGGUGGGGAGUUCUGGGGGUCUGCCUUUUUGAUAAGCUCUCUCGGUUAUUCUAAUACCAGUGAAGUGGGAGAUUUUCAUUUUUGAGGCUGAGAGCAUGUCUCCCUCCCCUUCCAUGGCUUUUGCAGGUUUCUUUCACACCCCCUGCUUUGCACUGUCUAGAUAGAACUAGAAGAUGAUGUCAGAACUAAAGUGCAAGGGUUUCCUGCAGCACAACCUGCCUUGCUUAUGGCUACAGGACUCCACAGUUUUCAGCCUCCCAGCUGUGAAGAGACCAUCCUCUGCUCAGGCUAGAGAGGGAUCAGCAAAACAAGCUUGAAAUGACUCUCCCAAUGUGAUACAAGUCUUGAAUGUAUGUACAAAGGGAAAUUCAACAUAAGCGAUAGUUGCAUAUUUGGAUCCCUAGUUGCAAAAAAAAAAAAAAAGAGAGAGAGAGAAGAAGAGGAAAAGUCCCAAACAAAGGGUGGUGAAAUGAGUCUCUCAUCCGCCCUUCCUCUGCCCCAUUCUUUUUCCUUUCCUAUCUCCCAAGAGUAUAUAAACUGAGAUCCUUAGAUUAAAGAUCUUAGGAAUAUCACUGCUUUCACCUCAGUGCACAUUCUCCCUAAUGCAGGGUUAGGCUGAGGUCUGAGAAGUCCACAAGACAUCCUGUGGACUAGAGUUCCAAGCCACUUCAGAUUUCCAGCAAUUGGCAUAACCUCCGUGACUUGAAGUACAGGGUUUAAGUGAGCCCAUGAACACUAAGACUUCUUGAAACCAAAGGCCCCCCUGCCCCAGCGGUUUCUCUACAUCAGUCUCUCAAGAUUCUGACGUUUCCAUCUCGGCACCUUUUCUCUUAAAGGACACCUGAGGGUACUGUUGGUUUGUGCCCUACACUCUUGAAAAACCUACCGCCUCAGGAAUGGGGCAAGGCAGCUACUAAACUACAUCUUUGGAAUCUAGCAAGCCGCAGCUUGCAGUACCGGAGGAAUUUUGGGAAGGUGAGUGAGGUGGAUAAGUUAGGCCAGGGACCAGAAUGUUCCUGACCCACAGAGCUGGUCUAAGGUUAAAUGCCGCCAGUCCUGGGCUCAGUUCUACUUUCAGAGGAGAAAGUCUGCCCUCUACUCGGCCAGGCUACAAGUGCCUUUUUGACUUGUAAUGUUAACUGCCCUCUAGAGCCUCCCGGGUCAGGGAGGCUGUACCACAUUCUAGCCCCAGUCUUCCUGCAGCUCAGAGGACUGGGGAGUUCAGUCUUCCAGUUCAUCAACUGAUCUUCCGACUUGGACAUAGGAUUUCACUGGAACUCUUAGGCUUCCUACUCUGGAAAUAUUUUUUGGGUCUGUCUUCUCACAACUGGAUGGCCUGUUUCACGGAUUUAUUACAGAAUUUAGAAACAAGACCAGAAGAAGUGGUUUGGGGCAUGGCACCUGAAAUUUUAGCCUCCAUUCCUAUUUGUGAGAAGGGAAGUGUGUACCUAUUGUGACUUUUUAUGUGUUUGUCAUGUAAUCCUCACACUCUCAGGUAAGAGAUUCACGGGAACGUGUUUAUGAGCUUUUUUUCUUGAGGCAUUUUGCUUAUCAAGUGCAUAUAAAAUUUUUUCCACCCACAAAAGCAUCCUAAUUUAACCAGCAUGACUAGAAAGUACUAAGCUUGCGAUACUUCAGUAUGAGGUUGUCCUCUAGGGGAGGCCUGUUGGUGAUGCUGCUGUCACUGCUCCAGCUGUGCCUGAGAUGCUUCUCUGGUGAUGGCCCUCAGCCAGCUGAUGGCCUUCUAGCUCAGGCUCCUUGCUUACUGCCACCCCUCAGCGGGGCUCCAGGAUGGCACUGGCACCAUCCAGUGUCUUCACCAGACUUGCCUCCAGACAGCUUCCAGCUGUUUUCAAAACUUGGUGCUAUGCCAUCAAGGAGCACAUUCCAGAGCAUUUCCCACAGGCUGUAGAGAUGUCACAGAGAGGUCUGCCCUGUGCUAUUUAGUACACUGGCAACCAUGUUGGACUACCGAGCUUUCUGGCAGGCUGCUUCAGAAUCAAUACUCAUUUGACUAGAUACUUUCUUGGCUGUCAAAAAAAGUCUGGUAGCCUCAUAGACCUAUCUCAUACCCACAAAUGUUCUUACUGAGGGUAGGCCUUGGAUUUUAAGGCUUUGUGUCUCCUGAGCCGUGAUGGUUGAUAUUAUAAAUAGAAGGAAUCUGGAGUUUUUAGGGGCUUUUGGCUGUGUAAGAGUAAACACUAAAGUUUGAGUUUUAGCCAGUUGGCAAGCAUAGAAGUUUUUGAAGAAUGAAACGCAAGAACAGAAAAGUAAAGCUUUUUGUACUGAGAGUAGGAGUCUGGAGCUUGGCCAGCCAGUGGGACCAAUGUGGGCAAUAACAAAUGCUUCUCCCUAUGGAUGAGACUCUGAAAAGAGCAUUCCACCUCCAUGAUCCACUUGCAGGGCACUGCCAACUAGAGAUCAGCCUGUGGUGCUGGAAGAAACUGUUUAUCGUAGUGACUCUCCACCUGCUGUGCAUUUGCCAGGAUGCAUGCAUGGUAAACUAGUGGGUCCGCAGCCAGUUCCCAAGUGUAAAUGAGGCCCUUGCAUAGAGGAAGAGGAAGGACAGUUCUUUUCCUACCUCUGAGCCUUUUGGGAGAAGCAGCACGGAAUGUUGACAAUUUGAAACAGCUUAAGCUCCCUCGUUGAACUCCUGUCCUAUCCCUGAGGAAUCAGAUGGCCAAAAAGCCAUAGGCAUGUACCCCAAAUUUCUCCAGUAGUUAGAGUGACACUAGAAGUAAAACCCUGACUAAGUGGCUCCUUUGCCUUCUCAGAGGCAUCAGAUGAGAGGUUGGUUGCACUGGUUGAGUUGUGUUAAAUGUAUAACAAGCCAUAUAUUCUUCUGUUUCCUCAUUUCCAAUGUUUUUGCUGUGUGGAUUAAUGAAGUGUGCAAGUUAUUUGAAAAUCCUGGAAGGAAGGUACUUUUCAAAAACAGUAUUCUUUUUGAGCAAUAAACAACUAUUUUUACAUCA